UGCAAUGACUAAUCCAUUUAUCUGGCUCGACUGAUGCGCCUACCGCAAAUGUUGUUAAUUUGAACUGAUAAGUGUCUACUGCGCUCUUCUCCGUCAACACAAUAUUUUGCUGUCCUCUGUCUUCGCGGUGGAACUGUUUGAGAUGGGGAUUUGGUCUCUGGGUCUGGGGGCCUUAGGAGCAGCCAUCGCAGGGAUCUUCCUGGCUAAUACUGACCUGUGUCUGACCAAGGCUGCUCAGGCCUCGCUGGAAUACUUGGAGGACGCAGACCUCCACUCCACUGGAGACGAUGAGAAGACCAUGAAGGCCAAAACUCUGUGGGAGAAGACAGGAGCAGUCGUCAUGGCUGUACGACGGCCCGGAUGAUUUUUGUGCAGAGAGGAGGCCUCUGAGCUGUCCUCUCUGAAAACCCAGCUUGAGGAUCUUGGUGUCCCUCUGGUUGCCGUGGUGAAGGAGAACAUCGGCACGGAGAUCCAGGACUUCCGACCGUACUUUGCUGGGGACAUUUAUGUAGACGUGAAGCAUCACUUCUACGGCCCACUAGAGAGGAAAAUGGGGGGGCUGGGCUUCAUCCGUCAGGGGGUGUGGCAGAACUUAAUGCGGGCCUGGAAGGCUGGUUACCAGGGCAACAUGCUGGGGGAGGGCUUUGUCCUGGGAGGUGUGUUUGUCAUCGGAGCGGGGAAUCAGGGUAUUCUUUUGGAGCACAGGGAGAAGGAGUUUGGCAACAAAGUGGAGAAUGAAGAUGUUUUAGAGGCUGUGAAGAGAAUUGUGCCAGUGCAAUAAUUGAGUUUUUGUUAGUAGCAUUAGAUCAACACUGAUAAAGAGGCCUCAGACACAACUACUUGGUUAUUUCCUGCAUUUGUCUUUUCUCAAUUCCCUUCAAAACUGAACCAUAUGCAAACAACAAUGCAAGUGUUCUUGAGUUUUGUAUGAUUACAAAACAUUUGACCUAGAAAAGGGCAUUUUCCGUAUCUGUCGUUCUCAUGCACUAAUGAGUUCUCAGAUUGCUAGCUCCACCUAUCAUAGGACAUAUGAAACGUGUCAAUUCCUCAAUAAAAAUGUGAAUGUUCUAGUAUGCUCAGGUGAAUAAUCUUCACUGCUCAUUAGCUCCUACGCCCUUAACUUCCUGCACUCAUAAGCCCAUUGGAAAAUGAAUGUGUAGCUUAUCUCUUUUCUCUAGAUGUGGAACCGCACAAAUUGUACAAACUAGAUGCGUUCUAUAGCCUAAAGGCCUUGGUCAGGCCAUUAUUGUAAAAGAGAAUGUGUUCUCAUGUCUUACCUGGUUAAAUAAAGACACUCAGUCAGGGACCUUACAGCAUGCACUAAACUGUGAGAACACUUGUACAUUACUCAUCCUUUGGGAAAGAGAAGUAGAUCUACAACGAUGGUGUGUUUCACGCUUUUAUUGAUGUCUCCAAUGGAGUCGAACUCAACUUGAGGAAUGCAUGUUUCUCAACCCUGGUCCUCGAGAACCCCCAACAGUAAUYAAUUUUAUUGUAACCCCGGACAAGCACACCUGAUUCAACUUGUCAUCAAGCCCUCAAUGAGCGCUACAAUGAGAAUGUGUACUGUUGGGGGUACACGAGGACCAGGGUUGGGAAGCACUGCGCUAUGCAUCUGUAUUCUGUAUGUGUUUCAUGUUUACCUGUUCAGGUACUCAAGUGUGACUUGUGUGUGGUCUGUGUUAUUAAUGAAGACCUGACUGUAAACUCGGCAACGAGGGGAGCAGGUUCGAUAUCCAAACACACACUGCCUCAAUAUACUCACUAUGGCCAGGGUGGCCAAUGUGCCUGAAACAGGUGUGAGAAUGCAAAGCACAAUAAACCCUAGACCUCAUCACAC